AUGUACUCCCCCAGAGCGCCGCAGGCUCGCGCACCGACCACGCCGCCACCGCCACCUCUCGCGCGUGAGGUCGCGGAGCCUUUGCUGGUGGCCCUGGAGCAGAACUGCCUGAAGCAGGUGCGCCUCACCCUCGAGGCGGAUCCCGCCUCGGCCGCGUCGCCGUUCUGGGAGCCGCGCUUCGAGUGGCCGCUCUGCGCCGCGGUGCGCCUCGGCUGCGGCGCGGACGUCGUCGGCCUGCUGCUCGAGAGCGGCGCGGCGGUGGACGUGCGCGACGCCAGCGGCGCCGGGGCGGGGGGCAGGGCGAGCAGCGUGCCCCCCCUGGGCCCGCCGGGCGUGCCGGGCGCCGCCGGGUGGCUGGAGCGGGUGCGCGGGGCGUCCCCCGCCCAGCGCGAGCGGAGCGUGGCCGCGGUGCUGCUGCAGGCGGGCGCGGAUCCAGAGGAGCGCCACCGCGACCUCGCGGGCAGGGUGCGGCCUUCGAGUCUGGAGCUCGCCAGGCGCGCCGGGAAGGAUCACCUGGUGGGCCUGUACGAGAGCCACGAGAGGUCGGCGCGGGGAUCGGUGUUCGUCGUGGAGGUCUCUUUCGUGGAGAUCUACGUCGGAGACGGCGAUAGGGAGCAGCUCUUCGACCUGUUGGACGACAGCGACAGAAAGAAGCUGGAGGUCAAGCAAGAUCCGCUAAGCCUCAGGUCCUUCGUCUGCGACGGCUUGCGGAGGGUCCCGGUGGCGAGCGCGGCGGAGCUCUGCCAGGCGAUCGGCGCGGGGCGGCGGCGUUGCGCGCUGCUGGAGAGCGCCCGAGGCAUCCGCGCCCGGCUCGCCCACUGCCUGCUGACGCUGACCCUGGAGUGCCUGAGCAUCCAGCCCGGCAGCUCCGAGACGCUCGCGCAGCGGGGCAAGCUCGUCCUCGCGGACCUGGCCGGGUCCGACGGCGCCUCCGAGCCGCGGGGCGACGACGAGGGCCUCCUGCGGCGGCGCGCCGCCCUCGAGCGGGCCUUCGCGGCCGUCGGCGCGGCCGCCAGCGGCGCCGGCGGCGCCCAGGCGCCGGGCCCGCGCGACUCGGCGCUGGCGCUGCUGACCCGGGACUGCCUGGGCGGCGGGGCGCUCUCCCUGCUGGUCACCUGCCUGAGCCCCGAGCUGGAGGCGGCGUCCGAGACCGUCAAGACGCUCACGUGGGCACAGCAGCUGGUGACCACCAGAAGCAUGGCUGGUGUGAGCAACAUCAACAAGGAGCAGAGCAAGCUGAGCGAGAUGAAGGAGAAGCACGCGGACGCCCUGCGGGCGCUGCAGGAGUCGGUCCACUCCAGCAAGAAGGACAGGGAGGAUGAGCUGAGCGUGACGCAGGCGAGGAAGAUCGACGAGCUGCGGCAGGACCUCACGCGGUCGCUGGGCGAGGAGCUGGAGCAGAUGCGGCUGCAGGCGCAGCAGGACUUCGAGGAGCUCCGCGUUUCCCUAG